AGCUUGUUGUGAAUACCAUGUAGCUUGUUGUGAAUACCAUGUAGCUUGUUGUGAAUACCAUGUAGCUUGUUGUGAAUACCAUGUAGCUUGUUGUGAAUACCAUGUGGGGUUGCUAGCUCAGUAAAUGCGUUUAGCCCCUGAUCAGUGCAUGAGAGGAGAAGAGACCAGUGAAGAAAGCCAACUAGCUAACGUUACUAUGAAUGAGAUGCACCCAGUCAUGGUGGUCCUUGCACUAAGUAUUCAGGCAGGAUGUUUGUGCUGUUUAACGGCUGUUCUCUGCCACAACGUUACAUGAUGACAUUACAGACCGACUUUGAGCGGUUUCCGGGGCGCUGUGCGUGUAACUAACGUCAGUCAUAGCACAUACUGUUCACUAGCUUGCACGUCAGCUUACUGAUGGGGAGGUUUAUUUUGUCCGCAACAAAGGGGGAGGAAUAUUAUCGACGCACAGCGUCUCCAGCUGCCUGCCCAGACUACACAACAAGAGUCUACUUUAGCCGUAAUGGGGGAGAAACCGUUGAAGAUCCUCGCAUGUGGUGAUGUAGAAGGAAGCAUUAAUGCUGUGUUUAACCGCGUCCGGACCAUCCAGAAGAAGAGCGGGCAGUUUGAUCUGCUGCUGUGUGUAGGAAACUUCUUCGGUUCGUCUCCAGGAGCUCAGGCUGAAUGGCAGGAGUACAAAUCUGGAGCAAAGAAAGCUCCCAUCCACACCUACAUCCUGGGAGCAGCCAGCCAGGAAACCCUCCGCUUCUUCCCCAGUGCUGACGGCUGUGAGCUGGCAGACAACAUCACCUACCUGGGUCGUCGUGGUGUUUUCACUGGGGCGUCAGGCCUGCAGAUAGCAUAUGUGAGUGGUCGUGAGGGGCAGCAGGAUCCGACUCCAGCUCACUGCUUCUCUCCUAAAGACCUCACUCAGCUGGUGGAGCCACUGAUUAGCAACAACCAGUUCAGAGGAGUGGACAUCCUGCUGACAUCACAGUGGCCCCGCGGAGUCUGGCAGUACGCCAACAGCCCCGAAGUCAACACUAAGUUCUGUGGAACGACCUCCAUCUCCCACCUGGCUUACAAGCUGAAGCCUCGCUACCACUUUGCUGCGGUAGAAGGAGUUCACUAUGAGAGACUACCUUACAGGAAUCAUGUUGUUCUUCAGGAGAAUACUCAGCACGUCAGCAGAUUUAUCGCCCUGGCAACCGUCAACAACCCAGAGAAGAGAAAGUAUCUGUAUGCCUUCAACAUUAUCCCGAUGAAAAGCAUGGAGGCAUCAGAACUGGUCAAGCAGCCUCAGGAUGUCACUGAGAGCCCUUACAGCAGGAUGGUUAGAGAGAACACUCUAUCUGACCCUACUGUCCAGCCGGCAUCUCAGUUCUUCUUUGACCUGGGGAAGAAGCAGCGUGGAGGGGGGCGUGACCGGCAGAGUCAGAGACUGCCCUUUGAUCUAGACAGGCCUAAACAACCCCGCAGACCCCCUCAGCCCAGCGGUCCCUGUUGGUUCUGUCUGGCCAGCCCUCAGGUAGAGAAACACCUGGUCAUCAGCAUUGGGACACAUUGCUACCUGGCCCUUGCUAAGGGCAGUCUAACCCCUCAGCAUGUGUUGGUACUGCCCAUCGGCCACUACCAGUCAGUAGUGGAACUGAGCUCUGAGGUGGUCAAAGAACUGGACCGAUACAAGAUGGCUGUCAGGACCUUCUAUAAGAGCAAAGGACAGCGCUGUGUUCUGUUUGAGAGGAACUACCACAGCCAACACCUACAGAUCCAGGUAGUACCAGUACCAGAGGAUAAGUGUACCACUGAAGAUAUUAAAGAAGCCUUCAUGCUGCAGGCGCAGGAACAGAACAUGGAGCUGAUGGAGAUACCACAACACACUGACCUCAAACAGAUUGCUCCUCCAGGGACACCGUACUUCUACGUAGAGCUGGACUCUGGAGAGAAACUCUUCUACCGCAUUCAGAAAAACUUCCCUCUGCAGUUUGGCAGGGAGGUGUUGGCCAGCGAGGCGUUGCUGAACAUCCCGGAGAGGGCCGACUGGAGAGAGUGUAAACAGACCCCAGAGGAGGAGGAGGAUCUGAGCAAACAACUACGAAACGACUUCCAACCAUACGACUUUGCACUGGAAGACUGAACCCCGACACACACUGUACCGUACAGGAGAGGUGUAAUGGUACACGUUUUCAUACUGAACCAUUGGGUACGGGGACUUCUGGAUGAACAACACCAGUCCCUAUAGUCUGUGCUGUGUUGUAGGCCUAUGUCUGCAGUAAAUCUGAACAUUUCAGUCUAUUCCGUUGAAACAACUAGAGCCCAUGUGCACGUUGUAAUCAAUAUUCAAAUCUUAAUUGGCGCAUUUCAAAAACCGUCCUUUUGUGAGGCGCAGCCGGGAAAUAGUUCUGUACGAUGGUGAUUGGUCAAACCAUAACCGGAGGAUCCUCCAUCGUUCAAAUCUCCAGUUUGGGAACAUCUGGUCAUGAAAGUAGAUUAUCACGGUGAUGGACAGAGUUCUGGAUAAAGCGUUAACAGUAUGUCUCCACGCAGAAGGAGAAUAGCUGCUGCCAACACCUCCUACAUGUUGACACCCACAUCACCCCAGUAUAGUGUAGCAUGACGGAGCACCUCCUACAUGUUGACACCCACAUCACCCCAGUAUAGUGUAGCUUGACGGAGCACCUCCUACAUGUUGACACCCACAUCACCCCAGUAUAGUGUAGCUUGACGGAGCACCUCCUACAUGUUGACACCCACAUCACCCCAGUAUAGUGUAGCAUGACGGAGCACCUCCUACAUGUUGACACCCACAUCACCCCAGUAUAGUGUAGCAUGACGGAGCACCUCCUACAUGUUGACACCCACAUCACCCCAGUAUAGUGUAGCAUGACGGAGCACCUCCAUGACACCCACAUCACCCCAGUAUAGUGUAGCAUGACGGAGCACCUCCUACAUGUUGACACCCACAUCACCCCAGUAUAGUGUAGCGUGACGGAGCACCUCCUACAUGUUGACACCCACAUCACCCCAGUAUAGUGUAGCAUGACGGAGCACCUCCUACAUGUUGACACCCACAUCACCCCAGUAUAGUGUAGCAUGACGGAGCACCUCCUACAUGUUGACACCCACAUCACCCCAGUAUAGUGUAGCGUGACGGAGCACCUCCUACAUGUUGACACCCACAUCACCCCAGUAUAGUGUAGCUUGACGGAGCACCUCCUACAUGUUGACACCCACAUCACCCCAGUAUAGUGUAGCGUGACGGAGCACCUCCUACAUGUUGACACCCACAUCACCCCAGUAUAGUGUAGCUUGACGGAGCACCUCCUACAUGUUGACACCCACAUCACCCCAGUAUAGUGUAGCGUGACGGAGCACCUCCAUGACACCCACAUCACCCCAGUAUAGUGUAGCGUGACGGAGCACCUCCUACAUGUUGACACCCACAUCACCCCAGUUUUGUGUAGCAUGACGGAGCACCUCCUACAUGUUGACACCCACAUCACCCCAGUAUAGUGUAGCUUGACGGAGCACCUCCUACAUGUUGACACCCACAUCACCCCAGUAUAGUGUAGCAUGACGGAGCACCUCCUACAUGUUGACACCCACAUCACCCCAGUAUAGUGUAGCAUGACGGAGCACCUCCUACAUGUUGACACCCACAUCACCCCAGUAUAGUGUAGCUUGACGGAGCACCUCCUACAUGUUGACACCCACAUCACCCCAGUAUAGUGUAGCAUGACGGAGCACCUCCUACAUGUUGACACCCACAUCACCCCAGUAUAGUGUAGCAUGACGGAGCACCUCCUACAUGUUGACACCCACAUCACCCCAGUAUAGUGUAGCAUGACGGAGCACCUCCUACAUGUUGACACCCACAUCACCCCAGUAUAGUGUAGCGUGACGGA